CGCGUGAAGUGGCGAGAUCCGGCUAUGCUUAUAGAUUUCGAUUUUCUUUCGCCUUUUUUGGGUUAAUUUCGACUCUCCAUUGACUUGGUCGCUAGAUAUUUUAUGAAUAAAACGACAAUAACAUUUCAAAUAUCACGUCCAAAUAGUUUCAAAAAAGAAUUUAACUUAAUGGUUGACAUAGUAACACUAUUGAGCGAUAAUAGAUCAAAAACUUGUUAAGCGUUCGAUUAAUUGUUACUGACAAAAGAAAAUGAGAGAUUGCUGUGGGUGUUGUCAACGUGUCAAACCGAGGUAUAAGCGAAAUGUUGAUGCAGUUUAUCCAGCUUAUCCAGAACUUGGUAUUGGAAAAUCUAGUCUUGAUAAGUUGAUGCAUUAUGCGAUUCAACAUCCUGAGAAGUUGGACCGUAUUGGAGAGUAUAUAGCCCUACGCGUCCAGAGAGAUCUUAGUAGACAACGACAUGAACAGUUAAUUGUAGCACUAGAGAUUCUCAAUGCAUUGCUCGACGCAUGCAACAGUCAAUGCGUAAACAUGUUUGUAAGCAGUUUACUGAGGAUACUGGAAGACCUUCUUCAAUGCCCCAAUGAAGAAGUGAUGCUGCGCGCCACCGACUUGUUCAUAGCCUUUUCGAGGAAAGAAGAAGAAGCUCCUUGCUACGAUAGAAACUAUCGAUUUUUUGUUGAAAAAUUUUCGCAGAUGUGUCAUUCAAACAAUAAUGAUCAGGAUAAAAGAAAUCUAAUUAGAGUGUCCGGAAUAAGAGGUCUCCAAGGAGUUGUUAGAAAGACAGUAUCUGAUAACUUGCAAAUGAAUAUUUGGGAUAAAGAAUACAUGGAUAAAAUAAUUCCAUCACUCCUUUUUAACAUGCAGGAUGAAGAGCCUUCAGAAGACGGACAAGAGGCGGGAAACGCUUGUAUUGUAGCUGCCGACGUACUCAGGGAAUUGGUUGGUCAUACCGAAAUGGAGACAUGGACUAGGGCAUUUGUUCGGCCCACUCUAAUGCAUAUAGAAAAGCACAAAUUAUGGAAGGAUUUUGGUAUUACAUGGUUUAGAAUUAUAAUGUUUUCUGUUCAGAACCAGUUUAGUUAUAUUGUUGUAGAAGAAUUAGUUGGCUACUUGACUUCCGACAAUGUAAAAAACUCUGAUAUACAGUUAAGGAGCUAUGUAGUGGAUGUACUUACAGAGACUGCAACGAUUGUUGCUAAGAAUGCUUCACCACAUAUUAAUACAAUAACAAAGAAGAUAGUUAAUUGUCUAAAAGAAUUUAUGUUCAUGCCGGUUAAACACGAUGUUGAUGAGAAACGUUUUCACGAGUCUAUAGUUAAAAUGAUUGGUGAAUUCGCUAGUUGUGCACCUGAUUACCAGAAAUCUGAUAUUCUAAAUAUUAUAAUGGAGCAUGUUUGUAGUGCUGGACGAGUUGAAAGGACUGAAAUAGAGAAAACUAAAAUAGUUCAAUUUCAAAGUAUGCUUUUGAAGUCUAUUCUACGAAUGACAUCUAACACAAGUAAAACAACGCAUAUAGAAACAACAUUUACUAAGACAUUUUGCAGUUUCGCCGUUAAAUUAAGUAAAUCAGGCGAUGCUGAUAUUAGACAGACGAUUCAGGAAAUAUUUCAAUGUCUGCUAGAUAGACAUAAAAAUUUGAAAAAGAUUAAGCAAAUUAAAAUAGCGUUGGAUGUAUCAUCUCUGGAUUUGGUUACUCCUCAUCAUAUAAUGAAGGAAGACACUUAUUUUAUGAAAAGAGCAGAUGGGGGUCAAAUGUUGUUGCAGAUUAUUAAAGAUGGUUCUUUGCCAGCAAAUAAUACGGUUGAUAAUUUCGUUGCAAUCUAUAGAACACUCGUAUUAAUCUGUCUGGAAGUUCCAGUCGCUGAUGUUUUUAUUGAUGUUUUCAAAGUUGGUUUAGAAAUGCAGGAUGUUGCCUUAAGUACACCAUCAGCUACAAUGUUCAUGACACAUAAAUGUGCAAUACACGCCCUCAUUGCCGCUCUAUUUAAUAUAUUGGCUCAAAUUGCUGAUAUUGAAGAAUUGGUUCAAUAUGUGCAUGGUGUUAUUAAGGAAAGAGAGAAUUCUCUCAUAGGACAAUGCUACUUGCCCGACUUUGCUUUUAAUCGUUUAAACAAGGCUAAAGACUAUCCAACGAGUGAUACUUUUAACGAAGAAUGGAAAUUUAACAAGGGACGAAUAAGCGAGAUUUUAAAAGAUUGCGAUCAAUACGACGAAUCUCUUCUCUUCAAGCCCAUAGAAGUACCAGAUUCUGUAACUAUGAAUGAUUCCAUUGAUAUGUGCCGAAGCUUGAGUGAUAUUCGAUCACUAAGCACGCUAUCAAUUGCUUCAACUCCCUUUGGAUCAAGGGCACCGUCAUUAGACUCUAUAACCGUUGAUCAACUGAAGAAAGUUCUUGUAACAACUGAUAAGGAGAGAGAAAUAAAAGAGAAAGAACAAAGGAAGAUAUUCGAAUCUUUUAAAAAUGACGACUUUGAAAGUAUAAUGAUGCGGAGUAAGAACGUGGAAACAGAUGAUGCUCAUAAAAAGCUUCUAGACAUUUUAGAAAUUAUUGAUAACGCUCCUAAUGGUUCAGCUUGUCGAAAGAUGGAGGUAGAUCGAACUCGCGUAAAUGAAAUUGAAUAUCCAGAAUUGUUUCUUUAUUAG